AUGGACCAGAACCAGCCCCUUUUCGCUUUAAUCCAGCAACUCCAGCAACAACUCGUCGACCAGCAACGCCAGCUAGAAGCCCUUACGCCUACUCGACCCCAGUUCAGAUUACCAGAUCCGCCUAGAUUCGACGGCCGACCAUUUAGUCUAAAGACGUGGCUUCCAGCUAUUCAAGCAAAGCUACGGUCGGACGGCUUAGUCGGUCAACCAGCAUUUAACUACGUUUACGAUCGCCUCGAGCCAUCCCAGCAAGCCUCAGUCUUACAUCUUCGCGAAACCAACCCAACACCCGAAGCAGUCUUCCAGUACUUCGAACGUCUUUGUUAUAACCCUCGUGAGAAACAAGAUGCAGUGCUACGAUUCGCCAAUAUCCGCCAGAAAGACGACGAAAGCCUAGUCGCCUACCUCGCCCGAUUCGAACGUCUAUCGCAUGAAGCUAAGGUCCAUCAGCAAGAUCUCCUUCGUACGAUUACCCUACACCGUGGCCUACGGCCCACGUUACGCCAGAUCCUCGAGCAAUCUUAUGAUACUCUAUUCGAUCUCGAAUACGAUGAUUAUAUUGAACUACUCCAGCGCCACGAUCGCCGCCAGCAGCGCCCGAUUAUCCAGAACCAGCAACGCCAGAACCAGAUUAGCCAGAACCAGAUUAGCCAGAACCAGACCCGCCAGACCCAGUCUCGCCAAAGCCAGCUAGACCUAAUGGACCUUGACCCGAUUCGCGUACGAACAGCCAGAAUCAAGCCAGCUAUACCUACUAGUUCAGCCCCAGGGCCCCCGAAGGAUCCUGCAAAAUACCUUAAGGACAAGAUCGACACAGCUACACUCUAUACCGAUGAAGAUCGCGAAUACCGUCGUGCUCGACGAAGCCUACUUAGCCAGUGCUACUGCUGUGGCUCCUCAAAUCAUUGGAUUUCCGAUUGCCCUGUUUCCCGCUCCCGUUCUUCCAGCGCGUCUAGUAGACGGCCUACGCCGUAUGACGCUUAUCCCUCCGACGACGACCCCUAG